AAACUGUUUUUACGGUGAGAAGAAAUAAAUGUAAAAUGCUCUUGACAGAUUAUCAGGGAAUUUCCCAGGUAAACAAGCGUAAAAGAGUUUCUUCCUGAAAAAUGAUCAGUUGCGAGGCAAAAAUUUUGCAGUGUUUUAUCAAAACAACCAAAGCAAAACCAAGUUGAAUAGAUGAACCAGGGACUAGCAAAAAAAAGCAAGCACCGAAUUGAAAUAGAGUGGGUUUUAGAGAAAAAUUGCAAUUGUAUGCGUAUGACGGGUGAAAAAAACAAGUUCUAAUCAAAUAAAAUCUAACACAUCUACGGAAUGGUACGAUCAUAGCCGAAAAAUUUUUGGGCAGCAUAUACGGACACAUACAUAGGGGGUUUGCGAUGUAUGGAUUUUAGAGUGUUCAUGGACAUGGUGAGGCAGAGAAGAAGAAGAAAAGUGUUUGACUAUGUUUUAUGGUUAUAUGCAAUUCAUGCUGCUAUUGCCGAAAUGCCGAUCUCAGCGGAUAGACAGUCAUCUCUGUCAGAUUUGGCAAUUUGGCGCUGCGAGCGUGAAGGGGAUGACAUGAGAUGUGAAGGAGCAAGAGCAUAAAAAUCGAGAGCUUCUCUGGGAAACCAUCGUAUUAUAACCAUAGUAACCCUGUGCCGAAGCAUUAGAAAUGGUGUUGUGCAUCUUUCUCUAACGCACCUCACCGAUUGCCCUAAUCGUCCAACACUUCCCCGUUUUUUGGGAAUUCGUCUAUCUCACUCUGACGCUGGCGCAAGUUUUUUAUUUUUCUAGGCACUACUACACUGACGCCAGUAGGCUGCCAAAAAGGCCGAACAACAGCCACGAUUCCGAAGAGUUGAAGCAUCAAAUUUCGGCAACUUGCACUUCAUUCGGUGGGGGACUGCACACACAUUCACAUUCCAUCUCUCUCUCACUCCUGCAAAUCACUUGCCGAAUUUUGCUGCACGCACACUCAGUCGCAUUUGUCCAAUACAUGGCCAUGCAGCCACACAUACAACCACCCAAACCGAACUUCAUCCAGCGAGAAGAGGAUGAUGAAAAAAUUUGUGUUUUCGGCAAUCGAAAUUUUGGCCGUCUCAUUUGUUCCCGUGGACGCAUUUCGGUCCCGCACGCAAUUUUCAGCAGUGCACACUCUAUUGCCAUCUCACUCUACUGUUAGCACUUUUUCGUCAAUGAUUAACCGGGCCACCGAAACGCAACUCUCCAAAUUCAUGUUUGUCUAUUCGGCCCUAGCUUUUGGAGGUGCUCGGAGCGUGCACUCAAAAACAGUGCAUUGCUAACUCAAAAAUUACAUCUUUUCAAUCUUUUUCAAAACCCAAAAAAAACAACAAACAAUUUUAAAAAUUGACUAAAUCCAAAAAAAUCGAAACAAUUUGCAAAAAUAAUUGAAAAAAAAACAAAACAAAAAAUUAAUUGUGGAAAAUUUUUUGCGAAAACGAAAAAUUGAAUCAGUGAAUUUUGUUUUGAAGAAAAAAAAAUGUCACAGAACGAAAAACUUGUGCAAAAGACAGUUUUUUGAAGUUUGAAAUCUCGGUGCAUUUGCAAAAUCAGUUUCUACGGGUAAAAAAAACGUUUAGGGGAUUACCACCCACCACCUGACUGGAUGCAAUUGCAGUUUUUUUUUAUUGUUUUAAAAUUCCUUCAGUGAUCAGCAGUUUGAAAAAGAAAGUUUGUGGUGAUCAAAUAAUUUUAUGUUUUUGCUGUGAGUCUUGUGCGGGAGUUUGGAAAUAAUACAAUUUUUUUUAUGACGUUUUUGGUGAUUGGCGCAAAAAAGAAAAAUUGCGGAACAUUGGAUUUCCUAACUCUGUGCAAGCCGGGAGAGGUUUUCGCGAGUUUAGGCGUGAAGAGAGUUAUCUUUGGUGACAAUUUCGCAAUUUUAUCGCGUUCUGCAGCAGGGGAUCUGAGAAGAUUCAAGUGAAAUGAUCUGUUUGAUGAAUUUGUGAGUAAAAGUGCUUGGAAAUCCAACAAGGAAGGGUAAAAUCGAGGAAAAGCCGAAGAAAAAAGAAACUGACAAGAACAAGAAAUUGGUGUAGUUAAUGACCUUAAAGUGGAAAAACUAAAAGGAGGAAGAAAAAAAGAGAAAAUUGAUUUUCUUGUCACUGUUUUUAAAGGCAAGGUGUUCGUGUUGAUUGUGUUGCUUUGGGUAGGCCCAUGCUGAAUGGGCUGAAUUGUGGGCGCCAGCGUUGAAAAUUUGAGGAAAAAACUUUAUCGAUUCCUCGUAGAAACCUCAUCUGCACAAUUACAUCCAUAUAUUGCCUAGGAAGGAACAUAUAAUCCUUGUGACAGUUGCAGCGGUGUAUGUGGCAAGAGGUAGUAGCCAGGGCAACCCCUUGAGUUCCCAACCCGAAAGGGAUGUAUUGAUUCCACUGCAAUCGACUAAUAUUUUUUGGACAUUCAAACCAAACGCUCCUUAACUUUCGGACAAUGGAACUUUGGAAGUGAAAUUUAAAAAAAACAAAAAUUAAGUGAAAAUCUAAAUUUUUAAAACCAAAAAAUACAAAAAAAAAAACAGUUUCGGACAUAAAGUGCAAAAAAAAGUGAAGAGGCGCGUUUUUGGAAAGCAGUUUGUAACGGAAUACAGAUCAUCGCCAUGGAUCCACAUCAGCAAUUUUGUCUCAAGUGGAACAGCUACUCGUCCAAUUUGGCGCUUACCUUCUCGAAUUACUUCAAAUCCGAGAGUUUGGCCGAUGUGACGCUUUUCUGUGGAGGCACAAUUUUCAAGGCUCACAAAUUGAUUCUUGCUGCAUGCUCGAAGCACUUUGCCGACCUCUUCCAGACAGCCCCCAUUAAUGGGUCAUGCUGUGUGAUCCUGGAAGCUACAUCGGCGGAGAAUAUGUCAGCUCUGCUGGAGUUUAUGUACAAAGGGGAGGUGCACGUGUCACAGGAAUCACUCAAUAGCUUCCUGAAGGCGGCCGAGAGUCUACAGGUGAAGGGCCUGUCCACAGAACAUGGCAGAUUGGCGGCAGCGCCGUCAGGUGGGGUGCACGAUGUACCCCUAGAAUCACCUUCGGGUAGUACUAGUCGACGACAGGGUAGAGGAAGCUUGAGCGGAUCUGGGAGUCUGGGACACACAGGGAUUAAACAGGAAUGCGACUCACUUAUGCAUCCCAGUAGUGCAGGUUUAGCGGGAUUCCAUUCCUACAUCUCACCCAUGUACCGUCCUCUGCCAUAUGACCCACCUCGGAAGAGACCCCUGCGAAGUCCCUUCAUCGAGCAAGAGACACGAGGUAGUGUCCUCAGGGACGGCUCUAAGGGCAGUGCUGGCAAUGCCAGUCCCAUAAGCAAGGGAUACAGACCUGGAAGUAGUGCUUCAUCAUCGGCCCCAACUGAAGCUGAUGCUCUGCAGGCAGAGAGAACAUCACCGCAGCAAUCAAGCAGAUACGAGAAUCACAGCCCACCAAGCACAACAGCAGGAAACGGAAACACCCCAACGGCGAUUGCUGACCGGAGUGAGAGGAGUGAACGGAAUGGAGGAAAUGUGACGGACCCCAUCGAUGAUGAUAAGGAUGAACGAGAUUCGAACUAUGCCGGUGCUGAGGAUUUGAGGGUAAAAAAUGAAAUUGACUACUCACCCCCGCCGCCAACGCUCAGCACAAAUGCCCCGCCGACGCCCACAACUCCGGUGUCCUUCGUAAGCGGAAAGGGUGCCACUGAGACCAUCGACGGAGGACUGCCCGGUGGACUGGCUACGCAGAUCGCCACCGCAGACAUGCUCAAUGUUUGGACGGCCUCGAAGCUGGCCAACAAGGGAGGAAGUGUCAAUACGGCCGACGGCAAGAAGCUAAAGUGUCCAUUCUGCGAACGACUCUAUGGCUACGAGACAAACCUGCGAGCUCACAUCCGGCAACGCCAUCAAGGUAUCCGUGUUCCCUGUCCCUACUGCACGCGAACCUUUACGCGAAACAACACGGUGCGAAGACAUAUCGCCCGAGAGCACAAGCUUGAACAGUACAACAUCAACAGCAUAAAGUGCGAGCAGCACCAAAUGAGUCAGCUGCAGAGUCACAGUCAGUAGACAGAGAGACACUGUCUCACCAACAUUAUGCACCCUCUGAACCCAAGGCAAUGAGGCUCCCACGUGGUGUUCCUGCAUACCCGAAGGUAGGGUGAGUGGCUGUAGAAAGUGUUGAGGGUUGUUGACCAAGAAACAAAACUCUCUUGAUGUGAUUCCUUGCUGAGAUUCUCGCGUGAGACGGACUUUUUUCUUCCAUUCAUUUAUUUACCCCACAAUCACCAAAAUGCAAAGUUACCCUUCUCAUAAACAUGAUCCCAAAAAAAGCAAAAGAAACCACAAAGAAAAAAAAUCAUAGAGUUACCCUUCUCGUGAAACAAAAAGAAAAACUCGAGAAACCGCAUAAAAGACAUGAUUUAUACGAGAUCAAAUCCAUAUGAUCACCGCAAGUGUCGUUAAUGAAGAGACAAAUUGAAUGAAGUAAAAGAAAAAAAAUAAGAAUAUUUUUUAUUGAAUCAUAAAAUCAAUUUGUGUACAUAGUUGUACAAUUUUAUAUAAAUGAAGAUGAAAUCAUAGAUACUGUAAUUUUGCAAUAAUUAAUUGAUAUAUACAUAGAGAACAGCGUUAAUAAAUUAUUCUAAUAAUAAAAUUAAUAUAUUGAUAUAAAUUGAUAGUAAUAUAUUACUACUUAUUGAACUCAGAGUACCUGCUACAAAACCAAUUUUUAAUUAACCUCUUAUUUGUCUAGUUUCUGUCUAAUUCUUCUUAUUUACAGAAGACUUCUCUAUUUUGCCGACUUUAAUGAGAAUUUACAUUUUUUAUUGAAUACAAAUGCAACAUAGCCAAAAUAUUAAAAAAGAAAAAGUCUAGACCAAGGUUAUUAAACAAGGAACCGCUGUCACUAAUUACACUGAAGAGGUUAUGUUGGAAUGUGAGGUUAUGUCAGGGAUAACCUAAAAAAUCGUCUGAUUCACAGAGUUGCAAAUGCAUCUGGAACACUUUUUAGAUCAAGAAAAUUUCAUUAAAUCAAUGAUUUCUCAAACUUUUUACAAAUGACUUUUUCAUUCUGUUGCACUCAAAAUUCGAUCGAUCUAAAUUGAAUUUGCUGUGACAUUCAAAAGAAAAAGAAACGUUAGAUAGAGUGGUAUAGUCACAUGCAAAACGUUUGAGAAAGAAAGAUUCUAACAUAAAAAUUGAGAGCAAGAAACGGUUGAAAAGUUUUUUCUUAUAGCAAACUUGAACGUUUUUGAAAGCAAAUUAAUGGCGAACGUUUUCGACCAUGAAUAUCCAAUGCAGAAUUUAUCUACGUUUUUUUUUUACUUUCAAAAUGAUCUUCAGAUUGAAAGUUCGAAAAUAUCAAUAGCUGUGUUCGAGCAAAUAGCUUCAGCAUUUUUUGAAAAGAAAAUACAGAGAAUUAUAUUUUUCGAAAAUCGAAUAUAAUUCGAAAAACUCGAAAGAAAAUAUUUCUUCGAAAGACGGAAAAAAACUGUAACAUUUUGACAGAUGGAACAUUUAUUUCGCAUUUAACAGGUAUUUUAUCCAGAUCGGGUAACACGAACUAUUCACUUUAUUUUUUUAAUACAAAAAAAAACGUAGAUUUGUCAAAGUGACGCUUCAUGCCGAUUUGAAUGUCUAAUUUUUCAAUAUUUUUGGAAAUUUCACAAAAGAAACUAAUUCAUACAAGUUUUUUUCAAUUUUUUUUACAAAAGAAAUAAUAAAAGAAAUAAUAACAAACAAUUUUAUUGGUUUUUCAAAAAAUAAUGGAUUAUUUGUCUUUAAUAUCCAAUGCUAAGCAAGAAUUUCCUGAAAUAUCUUGCCGGAUUAGAGGAAUUCAGUCAUAUGGCUAAGCCUCAGGUCUGAAGCCCGUAUAACUAAGACGUUUAGCGGCUUAACCUGAGGAAUACUUGAAUUAAAUCUUUUUCCGGGAGGCAUUUCAACUUCAUAAACCAUUUAACAGUUAUUUAAAAGUGCUUGAAGUUGAUUGGUCUCAUUUGACAGAUCAGAUUAAUUUCGUUUUUAGGUUAGGUCUCCGUCACAUUUGACGUAUCGUAGGUGCGCGUGGCUUUGCACCUAUGCUUUCGUUAAGCUUUUCUUUAAUUCUAGCACUUAGGGAAGGUCCUUAGAAGAUGUUAAAGUGCUAGAAUUAGGGAAGAGUUUACGAAAAGCAAGAGUGUAAGGUUAUUCCUAAACCCGCAUCUACGGUAACCUAUGAUUCCGAAUACUUUCUUCGGAAAUUUAAUGAAUCAGCGAGUGACUGCACCUAUUCUUCUCUUAAGCUUUUCUUUAAUUCUAGCAGUUGCGGAAGGUCUUUAUAUGAUCUUUAAGUGCUACAAUUAAGGAAGAGAUUAUGAAAAGCAGGGUUACAAGGUUAUCUCUAGACCCGCAUUUACGGUAACCUAUGAUUCCGAAAACCUUCUUCGGAAAUCCAGUGAAUCAGCGAGUGACUUCGCAUCUAUUUUUUCCUUAAGCUUUCUUAUAUUCUAGCACUUAAGAAAGGUCUUGAAAUUAUCUUUAAGUGCUAGAAUUAAAGAUGAGCUUACGAAAAGCAGUGUUGCAAGGUUAUCUCUAGACCCGCAUUUACGGUAACCCAUGAUUUAUUUCUUCGGAAAUUCAAUGAAUCAGCGAGUGACUUUGCACCUGUUCUUUGCUUAAGCUUUUCCUUAAUUCUAGCAGUUACGGAAGGUCUUUAGAUGAUCUUUAACUACUACAAUUAAGGAAAAGAUUACGAGAAGCAGGCUUGCAAGAUCAUACCCGGAAUGCAAUGUCACCCUCAUCUACGGUAACCUAUCAUUCCGAAUACCUUCUUCGGAAAUUUAGUGAAUCAGCGGUAUAGGUUGUUGGCUUGCAAUCAAUUUACUGAAGAAAAGCUUGCUUGAAUUUGAAUUUUUCUCAACGUAGAUUGAUUAAGAGAGAGCCUUAACCUCAAAUAUUUUAAAAACCUUGGUUCCAGUUAACAAUUUUAAUGAUCAACACUGAAUUGCUUUUGUUCCGUAAACAUUUAUUUGACAUUUGACGUUUGCUAAACAAAAGCAACUCUACGUUAAUCAUAACUUUCUUAAUUCCGAAGUAUAAAUUUCGUUUGAAGAGAAAUGAAGUGAAAACAAUUCAAUGUACAAAUCAUAAUCAAUCAAGUGCUUUUAUCUGAGCCAUAUUUCAAUGGGAAAUUACCUUUUUUUGAAAUAUUUUAUAGCAAAAAACAAGAAACAAUAGAUCAUAAGGUAAUAGAAAAAAAGGUGAAAUAGAGCCACAUAACCACAAAUAGCAACUGCAGAAUCAAACAAGAGAAAAAAAACUUCCUUUUUCCGGAUGAUAGAGGCAACUAUAGGAGACUUCUUGACUGCCAAUAUCUCAGUGAGACAAUUUUUUAAAAUGCAAUAUACGUACAGUUUUUUAAAUUAAAGAAAUAAAGAAAAAAAAACAUAGAAGAUUUUUAAAUAGAAUGAUGAAACAAACCGGUGCCUCCCAGAAACAAUUUUUAUAAUUAUUAAAUUUAAAUAGAGAACUUGUAAUAUGCAAAACUUACCUGAAAUAGUCUUGAAGGAAUCUCAGCAAAUUUUACAUCAAGAGAGGGAGAUUUUGUUGUCUUGAAAUGAAAAAUUAUGAAAUGAAGUAAUGAAUUUUUUGAUAAUAAAAUUAUCAGUGAAAAAUUGAGCUGUUGGGGGCAAUACUGCCCACAAAAGUAUAACUUAGUACUGUAAUGAUCGAUUGAUCAUCUCUAAGAGAUCUCUUAUUUUAAGAGACAAAUAAGAGAUCGAAGGGAUGAUUGCAAAAAAAAAAGAUUUUUUAAAGAAAUCUACCACGCAAUUCUUGCUAGUAAAGAAAGUUACCGAGUUUUAUAUUUUUUUUCUUUAAGAUUGUAGAAAUGAAGGAUGAAGAAUUUUUCUUUUGAAAGAAGAAAAAAUGGUAAAAAAUAUUAAGAGAACCAGAAAUAUAGUGUUAUGCAAGAAUAAAAAAAGAAAAAUGAACAGUAAUUGCAAUAGUUACAAACAAUUUAAAGAAAAAAAUACAUGGAUACAUGAACAGGGUGAUAAUUUAUUGAAAUAAAACGUGAAGAAAAUGUUAAUUUAUUGAAAAAAAAGAUAAAA